AUGAGAGCCAUAAGUCCUUCCCUCCUCUAUCUCUUUUCUCUUGCUACCCUUUUGGCUGUUGUCACUGGAACUGGAACUUCUUCCCCUGAAGUCCAUCCAAGUCACUAUGCUACAACAUUCAAUAGGAGUCUUUUUCCUUCCGAUUUCCUGUUUGGAAUUGGUUCUUCUGCUUAUCAGGUAGAAGGAGCUUCAAAUAUAGAUGGGAGGGGACCAAGUAUAUGGGACACUUUCACUAAACAACAUCCAGAAAAAAUUUGGGACCACAGUAGUGGUAAUAUAGGUGCUGGUUUUUAUCAUCGUUACAAGAGUGAUAUCAAGGUUGUUAAAGAAAUUGGGUUGGACUCAUACAGAUUCUCCAUCUCUUGGUCAAGAAUAUUCCCAAAGGGCAAGGGAGAAGUGAAUCCCUUGGGAGUUAAAUUCUAUAACAAUCUCAUCAAUGAGAUUUUAGCAAAUGGCUUAAUACCAUUUGUAACUCUCUUUCAUUGGGAUUUUCCACAAAGUCUUGAAGAUGAAUAUAAAGGAUUUCUAAGCUAUAAAGUAGUGAAGGAUUUUGAAAACUAUGCUGAUUUUUGCUUCAAGACAUUUGGAGAUAGGGUUAAACAUUGGGUGACACUUAAUGAACCAUUUUCCUACUGCAUCAAUGGUUACAAUGGUGGCACAUUUGCACCUGGUAGAUGUUCUAAAUACGUUGGAAAUUGCGAAUUUGGUGACUCAUCUACCGAGACUUACAUUGUUGCUCAUAACUUGAUUCUUUCUCAUGCUGUUGCUGCCAGAUUGUACAAGGCCAAAUAUCAGGCUCAUCAGAAAGGAAAUAUUGGCGCCACGUUAGUGACUCAUUUCUUCGAACCAUAUUCCAAAAGUACUGCCGAUCGUCAAGCUGCAAGUCGAGCACUCGACUUCUUUUUAGGAUGGUUUGCUCAUCCUCUUACAUAUGGGCACUAUCCUCAAUCUAUGAUAACUUCCUUAGGUAAUAGACUCCCUAAAUUCACAAAAGAAGAAGUUGAAUUGAUCAAAGGUUCCUAUGAUUUUCUUGGUGUAAACUAUUACUCUACCUAUUAUGCACAAAGCAUUCCACCAACAAGUGUCAACAGCACAUUCUACACUGAUAUUCAAGCAACUGUUAGUCCAUUGAAGAAUGGUGUAUCCAUCGGCCCUGCGACUGACUUGAACUGGCUAUAUGUGUAUCCAAAGGGAAUUCAUGAUCUUGUAAAACACAUAAAAGAUGUUUACAAGAAUCCACCAGUUUACAUUACUGAAAAUGGUAUUGCUCAAUCAAGGAAUGACUCAAUACCAAUCAAUGAAGCUCGUAAAGAUGGUAUUAGGAUUAAAUACCAUGAUGAACAUCUCAAAUUUCUUCUUCAAGGAAUAAAAGAUGGUGCAAAUGUGAAAGGCUACUAUGCAUGGUCAUUUUCCGACAGCUAUGAAUGGGAUGCUGGGUACACAGUACGAUUUGGAAUCUUAUAUGUUGAUUUCAAAGAUAAUUUGAGAAGAUAUCCAAAGUAUUCUGCAUUUUGGCUCCAAAAGUUCCUUCUCAAAUGA